AUGGCCAGGAAGAAGGUGAAACUGGCGUUCAUAGCCAAUGAUUCCGAAAGGAAGAUAUCAUACAGGAAGAGGAAGAAGUCAGUGCUGAAGAAAACUGAAGAAAUCAGCACCAUUUGUGGUGUUGAAGCAUGUGCUAUAGUUUACAAUAGUUCCUAUGAUCCCGAGCCACAGGUUUGGCCAUCCGAAUCAGGUGUCCAACAAGUGCUGAGAAAGUUCAGGAGUUUGCCUGAAUGGGAGCAGAUGCGGAACAUGGUGCAACAAGAAAACUUCAUUAGACAAAGUAUUCAUAAACAAAGAGAGAAGGUUAAAAAGCUUGCGAAGGACAACAAACAAAAGGAGAUGACCAUGUUAAUGUAUCAGUGCCUCGAUGCAGGAAGGGUUGAGCUUAAUAACAACGUGAACGUGGCUGACUUGAAGGAUCUUUCAUCUGUCAUUGAACAGAAGCUACAAAGCAUUACCACAAAGUUGGAAAUGUUGAAUGUUAAUGAGAUAACAUCGUACCAACCCCAAAUGCAAGAACCAGCACACCAGCACCAGAUGCAAAUGCAAACACCAGUGCCAUAUCAGCCCCAGAUUGGAACACCAGCAUACCAACAACAAAUACAAAUGCAAAUACCACAAAACCAACAACAAAUACAAAUGCAAAUACCACAAAACCAUCAACAAAUACAGAUGCAAAUACCCGCAUACCAACCCCAACCCCAGAUGCAAAUUCAAACACAAGCAUACCAGUCUCAAAUUGAAACACCAACAUAUCAGCAACAGAUGCAGAUGCUGCAAACACCGGCAUACCAACCCGAGGUACAGAGGCAAACAACAACAUAUGUACCCCAGAAUGAAGGACCAUCAAACCAACCCCAGAUGCAAACACGUGCAUUGGCAGUAGAGCCCGAAGAAAUGACUUUGUUGAAUAUGAACACUAACCCUAUGCAAAGCCAGUGGUUUAUGGACACCUUUCUUAUUGGUAAUGGGGAUGAGACAAUGUUUCCUCCAUUUGGGGAUGAUCUCCCAUUCUGA